GAUUCGUUUGUCAACUUUCGCGUGGAACCGCCAGUUCCUCGUUUAACCUGAUUUGGAAAGUCGUUCGCGGUCAAAAUUACCUCGGUAGAAGUCACUUCGUUCCUACGUACCGAGGAUGCGAAGUGUCCCUCCCAAGUCCUGAGAAAUUCUAGGAUCUAUUGCCAAUGUGCGCUACGCGUUCUCGUCAACCUUACAGUGGCGUACAUCGUAAUUCUGAGAGGGACCAUCCACAUCCCGCGGUACAAGCUCCUCAUCCCGUUCCUUAUCCAUUCUAUCCACCUUCCGCGUAUCCACGUUGUCCUUCGUACGAUCCCUACGCAGCAUAUCAUUAUCCGAGCUCAUUUUAUCCGCCACCCUAUUGCGUUCACGACGUUACUAAGGAAGAGCCCGUGGUUUGGUCUUGGUCUACUGUUGUUCUCCUCUUUCUUCUUGCGAUCGGUUUGCUCGUGAUCGUUUACCGUAGCUUCUCUCGCGAGUCUCGUCGAAAGAUCGCUGCUUGGCUGCGCUCGCCCAGACUCGCUUCACAGACCGCGAGGACACAAGACGCGCCUCAGAAUUAUCCCGCGGAAUUUCUCCGGUGUACCGAGCGGAACGGAGAUUACGGUCCUUCGUGCGUGGAUCCCGGCGAAUCUUCUUCAUUAACAGAUACGGUAACGAAGACAUUCGUAAAUCCCGUCUACGAGAACAACGAUCGAGACGAAAGCAAAAUUGAAGACAACGAGACUGUGCAAAACGAGUUCGUGGCAGAUACUGAAAGAUUUCGAUCAAUCCAUCGGUAUUUCCAUUUCGAAAAGUGAUUGCCAAUAACAAGGAACACACAGAAAGCAAAGUAAAAUCUGAAGUAUACAAAAGACUCCAAUACAAUUAAGAGAAACGA